CUUUAGUUCAUCCCAGUAUUUGUCUCAUCCACAUGAUGACAUGAUGUAACAAUUGUAACACCUGGAUGGAUCAAAACAUGAAUAAAUAAUACAAUAGACCAACAAAGAAUUUGAUUUCAUGCAAGACAACCAUAGAUAAAAUAACAUAUGGUUUUCCAGAAAUAAGAUGUUCACAAUGUCACGCACAGAAAACACACGACUAAGAUAGAUUUAUAACCCACACUGAAAAAAGAGAAAAGGAUGUUAUCAACCUGCCCCAAAUUGAAACUUCCUCAGCAUUUCCGCCAUUGAUGAUUCGUCAAACUCUUCAAGCUCCUUCAGAUUCUGCAGACGUUUGUUUUCUGGACGAAAAUUUGCAACCAAAACUUCAACAGAAUGACUACAAUUCUGAAACCUCAGUCGUUAAGUUAGUUUCUAAUACCAUAUUUUCCAGUGCUCUCGGAACUUGGACCGAUUCGUGUACACACACUGCACAUCGAUAUGCUGAAACUCUGGGUCUUUCAUCAUUUCAACCAUUGAUGAGUUGUGCUCAGCAAAGUCCUUCAAAAACUUCGGAUCAGUUUUUUCUGGAAUCAUACCAUGAAAAAUCAAAUCCCUAACAUUUGGGCAGUACUGCAACACAUUCUCUGCCCAUUCCCAGAAGCCAGUAAAAGAAUCCCAUCCAAUUUCCAAGUAGACCACAUUCUCCAAGAGAGACAUUUCUCCAAAUUUGUAAUCGUGAUGUUCUCCUAGAUUGUAAAAUAUUGACAGAUGGCUAAGCUGUGGCAAACAAACAGCCAUUUCAUCAAAAUCCACGAGUCGGCAGGGUGGAUCAAGUAUUAUAUAAUCCCCUAUGUAUAAACUUAUGACUUUCCUGUUACACCCCCAAAUUCGAUAUGUUUUCAACUUUGGUGCAUGGAUUGCAAUUGGGAACAAAUUUGAGUCAGCAACUUGACAAGCGAUGAAUUCAACACUCUAAGUUGUUUGCCUCUUUAAUCUCAAGAAGAUAAGCCCCCGAGCGAGAAAAUGUGAAGUGCCUCAAACCCAUACUCCCGGCAAUCUUAAAUGAACGAAAAAAACAUGCUUUCACAUCCAAGUAGUCAAUGUCACACUUCUCCAAAAUAAGCUCAUCGUUUAAGAUAUGCCGAAGAAGUAGGGCCUUUAACGCAGGAAAACACAAUGUGACUGUUUUUUCUUCCCACUUGAGGCUCACAAGCUCCAAACACUCGAGUUUAGGGAAAGCCAAAAGGUAUCGAUUUAGGUUCUCUCCCGAAAUACAGAUAUCACUUAAAAAUAGUAAUGUCACAUGGGGGAAUCCUUGGAAAUUCGAAGCAAAGUCUUUUAUUGCGUAUUGACAUUGACAUACACCCAACCUUUCAAGCUUCUGCAUCCCGCCUAUUUCAAGAGCAUUAAUACUGGGAGAAGUGCUAACGCCAUAACACAAGUCCAACAAAGUUUCUCUGGUAUACAUUAACCAGCUCACAACUGAACCAGCUGAAAACUCGUGCCUACGGUGCAUCACAAUCCUAAGUUUUCGCAAACCGGAUGUUUGAAAUAUGGUUUUUGUGAUCAACAUUUCUAAUUCAAGAGUCGGACGGUUACGAUAAAAACAAUAAUCAUAUCAUUAACAUCAAAGGAAAGUGUAUGAAGGUGCUUGCGAAAAGCUUCUCGCCACUUACGGCAAUUUAGAGAAGCUCUAAUCACAUCUCAUGCAGCUCGCACGCGCGACAAACUUUCCCCAAUCACCACAACAGGAAUUCCCUCCCCAAUCCUUCUUUCUAACAUUUCUCUCCAUCUACAUUUCACAAAUCAAAACAGAAAAAAGAGAGAUAAGUUAACAAUUGUGAAGUCAGGAGUAGAAGGGUAGAACUCUACCCAUACCAAUGAAACAAACAAGACUCCAAAUGAUAAAGUUAGGGUUUCUAAGAUUAAAGUUGUUGAAAUAAAUUACCUGAGGUUGACAGAUAGAGGAGAGAAGUCUGCGAGAAAUGCAAACCCUAAUUUCAAAUGAGUGGCGAAUUGUUAACUUCUUGGGGCUCGACCAUAGCCAUAUUUAUAUGCAGGAGAUCUAUAAAAGCUGCUUCGUUGGUGACAAGAGGUUUUCCUUGGAAGUGUUAUUGCCAUUUCCCCAGGCGCUCGCUCGCUGGUGACUUCCCAAAGUUUUACUCCCUCCGGUUAUUGUGCUUCCAAUGUGAAAUCCGGACUCCAGAGUUUUAUUGCUGCUCGAACACAGUUGAGGAACACCAUUAUAGUCCAGAAAAAAUUUCAACGGCAUUAUAGUUGCUUUUCAACAGUAUGGAGCAGAAAAGUGGUAGCGGAGCAGCAGUGAGUGCGGCAUGGUGGAGGGGGCGUGAUGGCCGGUCACGCUCAUCCGACAUAGUCUUACUGUCAUACUCUACAAAUUUGAAGCACCCAACACAUGGGUGCACCCAUGCUUUACACAGACAAACACAGACGAUAAUUGUCUGUGUCGCACAGACAAUUAUUGUCUGUGUGCACCCAUGUGGUGGCACCCUAGCAUUUUCCAAAUUUGAAUACAGUUUUCUAUUCACG